AUGAUAUGGAAUCACCGAAAGUCGAUCUUUAUCACGAAAAACAAGUUAAAGAACUGUGUGCUUUGCACGCGCUGAACAAUUUGUUUCAAGAUAAAAAGGCAUUCAGUAAAAAAGAUUUGGAUGAAUUUUGUUUAAAGUAAAUUUAACACAUAGAACGACCCCCUAUAUAGAAAUAUAAUAUUAUUUACUUCAUUUUUAGUAGUUGAUUAAAAUGAUCAAUAAUUCACAAUAUCAUUAAACAAAGCUUAUGUUUGUUAUAUAUGUAGGAUUCAGAGGUGGAAUAGGGAUGCUGAAGUGCAAUGGACAAACUGAAGUAUGAUGGUCUGCACCUUAUUACUAUAUGGACCUUUUGCUGAUUUGCAAUUGUCUACAUGAUGCAUGAUGACUAGUUUUAAAUCCAAAGAUGUGCAAUUAUUAUGAUCGUUUGAAUUUUUAUUACUUGUCUCCAGACUGUUUUAUAAAUCCCCAUAGAAGUUUACUUGGCUUUGGAAACUAUGAUGUCAAUGUAUUGAUGGCAGCAGUACAGACAAAAGAUUGUGAAACCAUUUGGUUUGAUAAACGAAAGGAUAUAAGGUGCCUUUCUCCAGAUAACAUAUUUGGGUUCAUUCUGAACACACCUUCGGACUAUAAAUGGGGAUUUUUCCAUCUACCUUUUAAGAGAAAACAUUGGAUAUCAUUCAGGAAAAUAGGAGAUGUUUAUUACAAUUUAGACUCCAAAUUAGAGUCGCCAGAACUAAUCGGUGAUGAUAAUUUAUUACUUGAUUAUUUACAGUCAGAACUACAUGAGGGUGAUAAGGAGCUAUUACUUGUUGUAAGUAGAGAAAUAGCAAACUCAGGGUUGUGGAAGCAUGCAUAUAACAAUAUAGAAAAUGGGCAGCUUACUUCUGUGCACAAAAUUGAUGAAAAUGACAGUGAAAUUUCUAACCGAAAAGAAAAUUCAACCUCAAAACCAGUUCUACAGAGCAUGGAUGAUUUAUGAUACUGUUUACCUUUAAUUAUUAUUAAAUAUGUUGUUUUAGAUAUAUGUGAAGAAAUAAAAAAUUAAUAUACAA